AUAUAUUGCUAGGAUCCGGUCGAUCCUGGACACGGAGUUUAGAUAGUCGAUUUGGAAGUUACCUCCCUUGAGUCAGGCAGCGACGACUUUGGAAACAUUUUGCACGGACAGAUCAGAUUUAAAGCAAGAAAUACAUUGAUGAGACAAAGGUAGUGAUAAUCUCCUCAGAAGAAGAUGGUGCGAUUGUCAUUAACGCUUUGUCGUAUCAAAUAUUCAUACAGACUAAAGAAUAUAAGGGAGAAAAAGGGACACUACAGGAUCAACCAGUACCCAAGCAUUAUCAGAGGAAUACUUCAAGAAAAAGGUGUAGAGAUAGAAGACCCCCUUGAGUAUAUAAAUCCUCCUGAACCAAAAUGGAAACCACCACAGACUCUGCCACCAGAUUUCCGACUUGAGCGUUUUAAAGAACCAUCUGUGACACCAAAGAAACAUGAAGUGUGGCAUGUAUCCUCUAAAAUCAGCCUUACAGAAGGUAUAGACCAAGCAUGUUUGCUGACAAAAACACAGCGGUUUGAUGGACUGCCUGAACAGGUUAAAAAGUUACUGGGACAAUAUUCUGUAGACAAACAGAAUGAAAUGGUGAAAGAUGCCAUUAUGCAGUCACAAGUAUGGAAUAACACUAUGGAGAAGUUACCUAAAAUCACGGAUACCGCGCAUCCUGGCUGGUAUUUCCCAAGGCAGUAUGGGAUACCGGAUACAACGUCUGCGCAUAUUUUGUUGGAUCGUUUACUCCGCAUGUCGCAGUCUAUGUGUGGUAAAUUCCCUGACCUGGCAACUCAAAGACGAGUGUUGUGUAAACCUUCUGUAGAGACAACCUAUGAAUACCAAGGUGAGACUAUACAGAUUGCAGCAGAUAAUGAGUUUAUGGUUGUUGGAUAUGAACCUUUAGCCCCAUUUGGAAAGAAGAACUUGGUUAACGACUCUGUGAAUCAUCAGUUAUUAGACAUGUAUCCUAUACUUCCUACAGUGGAUCUGAAGAAAAUAAAGAUGGAUGAACUUUUGAAUAGAGGAGCCUUCCGUGAAGUGCUUGAGGUUCCUUGCUCACAUCCACAGAUAGUGUACCGGAUAAAUGGUGGUAAACGAUCAAGAAGUGACCCAUUCCAAGCAUAUAAUCUUAUGACAACAUUUGGUAUUGCUAUAGCAGAAGCCAGGAGUAGAUAUGGGACAUAUUCGGGACAACUUGAGACCCCAGUUACUGUUAUCAAUGUGAAUAUGGGCAUUAAUGAGCUCAACUUUAUUAUGUUCCAACUAAAUACAAUGGACUUACAUAGUGACACUGGUAUAAAGAACUUUGCUUGGUUUGAUAGUGCAAAGAUGUUCUCAAAGAACUACUGCCAGCCAUGGCUCAACCCUCCGGAUUGGACGUACACUCCGCCCACUUAUAGUGACUAUAAUAGUGAAGCCUUUGAGAAAUUUCUAGCUUUGUAUUUAUAUGACUAUGCCAAAUAAAUGAGUGUUUAAAAUCUGA